CAGCCCAGCGCCCGAGCCUCCUGGCACGAUGGCGGGGAAGGUAACUGCCCCGGGCACCGCGGUGCUGCUGGUCACGGCCAACGUGGGCUCGCUCUUCGACGACCCAGAAAACCUGCAGAAGAACUGGCUUCGGGAAUUUUACCAGGUGGUGCACACUCACAAGCCACACUUCAUGGCCUUGCACUGCCAGGAGUUUGGAGGGAAGAACUAUGAGGCCUCCAUGUCCCAUGUGGACAAGUUUGUCAAGGAACUAUUAUCGAGUGAUGCAAUGAAAGAAUACAACAGGGCACGAGUCUACCUGGAUGAAAACUACAAAUCACAGGAGCAUUUCACAGCACUAGGAAGCUUUUAUUUUCUUCAUGAGUCCUUAAAAAACAUCUACCAGUUUGACUUUAAAGCAAAGAAGUAUAAAAAAGUCACUGGCAAAGAGAUCUAUUCAGAUACUUUAGAGAGCACACCAAUGCUGGAGAAGGAGAAGUUCCCGCAAGACUACUUCCCAGAGGCAAAAGCACCUCCCCCAAAAGAUGCAGGAAAGUAUCACCUAGCUUGCCCGUGCAAGUGGUCAAGAAAAGGCUUCAUCCGGACAAGGUGGUGCAUUGCUGACUGUGCCUUUGACUUGGUGAACAUCCACCUUUUCCAUGAUGCGUCCAACUUAGUGGCCUGGGAGACAAGCCCCUCAGUGUACUCAGGCAUUCGGCACAAGGCCCUGGGCUAUGUGCUUGACAGAAUCAUCGAUCAGCGAUUUGAGAAAGUUUCCUACUUUGUCUUUGGUGAUUUCAACUUCCGCCUGGAUUCCAAGUCCGUUGUAGAGACUCUCUGCACAAAGGCCACCAUGCAGACAGUCCGGGCCGCUGACACCAACGAAGUGGUGAAGUUGAUAUUUCGAGAGUCAGACAAUGAUCGUAAGGUUGUGCUCCAGUUAGAAAAGAAGCUCUUUGACUACUUCAACCAGGAAGUCUUCCGGGACAACAAUGGCACUGCGCUCUUGGAGUUUGACAAAGAGUUGUCUGUCUUUAAGGAUAGACUGUAUGAACUGGACAUCUCAUUUCCCCCCAGCUACCCCUACAGUGAGGACUCCAGCCAAGGUGAACAGUACAUGAAUACUCGGUGCCCCGCGUGGUGUGACCGCAUCCUCAUGUCUCUCUCUGCCAAGGAGCUGGUGCUCAGGUCAGAGAGUGAGGAGAAGGUUGUCACCUAUGACCACAUCGGGCGCAACGUCUGCAUGGGAGACCACAAGCCUGUGUUCCUGGCCUUCCGAAUAGCGCCUGGGGCAGGUAAACCUCAUGCACAUGUGCACAAGUGUUGUGUCGUGCAGUGACGUGGUGGGAAGAGGUGCCAGCGCAAUGAGAGGACCCUCCGCGAGACCUCCCUGUAGCAGCAUAUUGAAACUCGUACUCCUAACAGCUGCAUCAGAAACCUGCCCAAGCACCACCUGCUAGACGGCCGGCCCCACACUUCGCUUCAGCCUCCGGACCACUCCGGAAAAGCCUCACAUACCUCACUGUCGUAUCUGUUCAUGUGACAUUAAGUAGAAACAUUGGGUUUUUUAAAGACAAGUCACAGUCCUGUUGCCAAAACUCUGAUAGCAAAGAGAUUCCAUAUUUUAGAUUUCACAGUUUUCCAUGUUAAAUAAUUGUCCGUGGAGGAGCUUCUCCAGCGUAGAAACUCCAAGGUGUCAAGCAUCCCUCUCUGCCAGGAGAAGUUGUGUCUGGGCCGACCCAGGCAGUGAGGCCACCGUGUGUGUACACCCCAAGGCCCCUCCGUGGUCUGACUCUACUGCCAUGUUACAUGGUGUCUGAAUCACACUGCAGCUGCUUUCCAUUUUUAUAUAUAUAUAAAUACAUAUAAAUAUAUACUUUUUAAAAAUAAUUUAUAAAUCUUACCAAAACUUAUGCUAAAUGUACUUUCCAGUAUGAAUGCACGAGUGUCAUACCAGCGGGUAGAACUGCAGUCUAGGACUUUAGGAAUGUGUACAUCGGCACACAAGUUUCCGAGACAGCACUGGCCUAGCAGUGCUGUGGGGCAAGAGCAGCCCCUCUGCACUUGUGCACUAGCAGUUUGUCACUCCUCUGCCUUUCUCUGUGUAACAUUAAGAACUGAAUGUGAAGUUUAUAGCUAGCCUGGGUAUACCUACCUUUUAAGAAUUUUGUAAAAUGUUUUGUCUGUCUUUUGUUACCGUUUUAUGGUGCCAAUAUUCUACAUUAAAAACCAUAAUCUCGUGGGAGAAUUAGAAAUAGCCUCGUCCGCUUCCCACAGAGAUCGCUUAACGUGAACUGUAUAAAACAUUGAAGAGAAGCAACACUGGGCCGCGCUACCGACGCCUGUGUAACUACCCUAUUGCCAACAACACUCUGCUCCCAGCACUGAGCACAGCGUCGGAAGGUGACUGCAGAGCCUGUUGACGAAACACAAGCGUGCGUUUUAUUGAUUUACUUCAGAACACUACAGUUCCUGGACUGCAAAAGCAUGAGAUCGAUGUUUGUUUCUAUAGAAAUCACUACUGUCGCGAGUCAUUUGGUGUCCGCGUGCCGACCUGUGUUCUUGACGCUACGCUGGUCGGUAUCUCUGUUAAGUGCUGUGGUCGCUGCUCGUCAACAAGCCACACCGUGGCCACCACGCGGCGAUUCUAUCUGUGGGCUUCAACUGUGGGUCAUUCCGAAGGCCUUUGGAAGUGACUGCUUGGUUCCUAAGCAAUAAAAUUGAUCAUGGUGAAAACA